AACGACUAAGUGGGUAAUGUCAAAUAAUAGAAAGGCGAGAACAGUCUGGUGAGUUCAGAAAAUCAUAUCACUUUACUGUAAUGUAGCCUUCAAAACCAGGAAGAGACAACACUUAUUUGGUUAGAAUUUCAAAAUCUAAGACGAUGUUUAGUAGGACUGGGUAUCUGUAUUGGAUACCUUUAAGGUAUCGACCGAAAUAACCCAGUAUCAAGUAGUAUAGAAACGUCUCCAGUCAAACGAUACCCACAUUUGAUCCUUUUUGUGCAGUGUGUAUGAUCCCGGACCGUCCUGACUCCCUCCCGGAUCAGCAGACUUAUGGCUGACAUCCAACACCAAGACGUUAAACGGUCCCAAUAAACUCACACAGACACCAAAGUGGCUUAACUGUGUUGUAAAACCUGUUAAUAACCAUUAGGUAAUGUUGGCAGUGUGAUACUAACAGUAAGCUUUAUCACUGUACCUGUGGCCAGGCGGACUCUCACAACUGUCCUUGGGGUGGAGUCUACAGUACAGUGUAUUUGAUGGAAUUGGCAGUUCUGUGUGCCGAGAUGCCACCAAAACAUUCAAAAGUAUAGGUAUACACUACACGCUACUCACAUGGAAGAUAUUCAAUUAAGUACUCUUUUGGUAUUGGUAUCACUUUAAGGGUACUGGUAUCAGAAUUUUUCUAGGGCUGCCCCCGACUAAGAAUUUUCCUAGUCGACCAAUAGUCGUCAUUUAGGUCCAAUGGUCAACUAGUCUCCUGCACGUUUACGAUAUGAAUGUAAUGAUUAAAUGAUAUAUUUUGGUGGUUUGAGUUGAAGGUGUGAGAAAGAAUAGUAUCAGUAACAUUGUUAACACUGUGCUACAUUACAGAGAAAUACAAACCGUACUAAUGAACCUUCAUUAAUAUAGGCCUAUAUUUUAUCUCCAAGUGCACGUCACACACUGAGCGAGCCGCCUGUUAAUGACGCUGUGGGCUAAUGGGCAUGUAGCUACUUCCAUGUUUCAGAUGAUACGUCAUGUUUGUAGUCAACCAAUGAAGAUGAGUUUACAUAUCACCUUGGGUUCGUCCUUCACUUUCUCAAAAUGAUCUUUGGAUUUCCUGCCCGACAUGUUAUCAACUAGUCUGUGGAAUAACCGCUGGAAAUUAAUGUUAGUCGACUAUUGUUUAGUCUGUUGAAUUAAAGGUUGCAUUUGGUAUUUUUCUGAACCGGUCUCACUGUUGCAGUUGAGUGAAAUCAGGAGUGAAUGCCUCUACCUGCCUUUUCAUCAUUAAAUUAGUGUCCCUAAAAAUCCCACGUGAAUUUAGAUGAAGUGUUGCAGCAAAGCAGCUAAUUCAUACCCACAGUUUGUUUGGUUUUUGCAGCUCUUGGGGCUUUUGAAUUUUAACUUUGGACCACAGGCGAGAUCCUUGAGCAUUCCUCCUGCCAGCCUCCUUUUUAUCUCCCAUGUGUGUGUUCCUGUACAUGUUUGUUCCCUCGCUUCAGCUUCUUUCGCUCUGCCUUGCCGUUGCCUAUUUGUUGACUUCCUGUCGAACAGCAGCUCCCUCCCUCCCUCCUCUUCCUCUCUUUCUGUCGCUCUCCCCGUUGUUCGCUGUGCCCCCUCCUCUCUCCUUCCUCCUUGUUCUUUAAUCCCACCCUCCCCGAGCCUGUUUGGAUGUCAUCUGGUCUCUUAUGUAAGAGGCAUGGGAGGGGGAAUGGCUUUGGUGCUUGGUUGCCAUACGCCUGGCCAGCCGCCGUAGUCUGCCUCCCUCAUGUGUUGUGGUGGCACUGGAGUGUUUUCGCCAUUAGCCGGCUAGUCACAGAGAGGGAGAGAGAGAGAGAGAGAGACAGUGAGGGACUGAUGGUUGUACAUGGGGAUUCCAGUGCCCCUUUGCACAGCAGGGCUAUGUCCUCGGCAGCCACCACAUCUCCAUCUGUGGACAAAGUGGACGGAUUUUCACGGAAGUCUGUCAGGAAGGCCAAGCAGAAGCGGUCGCAGAGCUCGUCCCAGUUCCGCUCUCAGGGCAAACCCAUAGAGCUCACGCCCUUGCCACUGCUCAAGGACGUGCCAGCGCCGGAGCAGCCGGAGCUGUUCCUGAAGAAGCUGCAGCAGUGCUGUACUGUCUUUGACUUCAUGGACACGCUGUCGGACCUCAAGAUGAAGGAGUACAAGCGCUCCACGCUCAACGAGCUGGUGGACUACGUGACCGUCAGCCGGGGCUACCUGACAGAGCAGGCCUACCCCGAGGUCGUCAAAAUGGUGUCUCACAACAUAUUCCGGACCCUUCCGCCCAGUGACAGUAAUGAGUUUGACCCAGAGGAAGACGAGCCCACGCUUGAGGCCUCCUGGCCACACUUACAGUUGGUAUACGAGUUCUUCAUCCGGUUCUUGGAGAGUCAGGAAUUCCAGCCCAGCAUUGCCAAAAAGUACAUAGACCAGAAGUUUGUCCUACAGCUCUUGGAGUUGUUUGACAGCGAGGAUCCUCGGGAGAGAGACUACCUGAAGACAGUCUUGCAUAGAAUCUACGGCAAAUUCCUGGGUCUGAGGGCUUUUAUACGAAAACAGAUCAAUAAUAUUUUUCUACGUUUUGUUUAUGAGACGGAGCACUUCAACGGGGUGGCUGAGUUGCUGGAGAUCCUGGGGAGUAUAAUCAAUGGUUUCGCUCUGCCACUGAAAGCGGAGCAUAAACAGUUUCUGGUCAAAGUGUUGCUCCCCCUCCACACUGUCAGGAGUCUGUCCCUCUUCCACGCACAGUUGGCGUAUUGCAUUGUACAGUUCCUAGAGAAAGACCCAACAUUAACAGACCCAGUCAUCAGAGGCUUACUGAAAUUCUGGCCAAAAACCUGCAGUCAAAAAGAGGUGAUGUUUCUAGGGGAGCUGGAGGAGAUCCUGGACGUUAUUGAACCCACACAGUUCGUCAAGAUCCAGGAGCCGCUCUUCAAACAGAUCUCCAGAUGUGUCUCCAGCCCACAUUUCCAGGUUGCAGAGCGAGCUCUGUACUACUGGAACAAUGAGUACAUCAUGAGUCUGAUCGAGGAGAACUCCAGCGUCAUCCUGCCCAUCAUGUUCGCCAGCCUCUACAGGAUCUCCAAAGAGCACUGGAACCCGGCGAUCGUGGCGCUGGUGUACAAUGUACUGAAGGCCUUCAUGGAGAUGAACAGUACCUUAUUUGAUGAACUCACAGCCACUUACAAGUCGGACCGCCAGCGUGAGAAGAAGAAGGAGAAGGAGCGGGAGGAGCUGUGGAAGAAGCUGGAGGACUUGGAGCUGAAGCGGGGCCUUAAGAGCGACGGGAUCAUCCCAACUUAACGAAGACAGCGCCGCGCUCCCCUCUGCCCUUUCCCCCCCUCCUCUCCCCCUGUGACUCCCCCUCCCCUCCAUCCUGACCCCGACUCCCCCCUCCUCCUCCUCCACAUCAGCCAUGUCUGCCCAGAGCUCCGAGAAAUCCCCGAUACAGGCCAUCGUCUCUGGAUCGACACGGAGCGCCCGCUGGUUUCUUAAUUGUUUUUUUUUUUUUUUUUCUUAUGUUUUUUUUUUUCUCCUGUGUUUGUGCGACUUACUUUACAGUAGAUUCAUCACGUCUGUUUUCAUUAUUUCAACAGCACUGUAAAUAAUUAUUUUUUUCUUUUUUUUUCCCUUAAACUGAUAUUAUUGCAAAACGGAAAAACAAAACAAUAAUAAUAAAAAAACGGAAGAAAAAAAUAGAAAAUGAGAAAAUGACUUGUGUGGGAGGGGGAAUUAAACAAAAAAAAAAACUUUUGGACUGUAGGACGUGAAGCGAACUCUUGGAAAACAAAAAACAACAAAAAAAGAGAAGAUAGAUUGAUUUUAACUCUUCAUCCCACUCUUCUUCUUCAGUACAGUCCCGUGUGUAAUUUUUAUUUUCCUGGUUCUCCUCUUUGCUUUUCCUCUCGUUGCCUCCAUCUUUCUGUUCCCUCCCUCCCUCCAAUGGUGCAUCUGUCAUUUCUGCCCCUCGUGUGGGACGUCGGACUGAUAAUGGGUCCCCCUCUGCCCCCUUAGGGUUCCUCCCACCUGUCUACAGGGUCUCCUUCCUGUUUUAAAUGGGGGGGGGGGACUGAACAAAAAUGCAUUUGAAAACAACAGUAGGGACUUCCUCAGUACACACACACACACACACACAUCUCCUCUCUGAGUGCGUUUACAUGCGUGUUCAUGGAACAGUUAAUUGUAUGAAUAUUAAAUCUUGUGCUCAAUAUACUUAUUGUUUUAUUGGUGUCACGAUACUGGGAUUUCUAACUUUAGUACAAAACCUUUAAAAAUAUCGACACUGUUUUCAGUACUAUGGGGGAAAAUUGACAUUAAGAGCAUAAUUUAACAAGGCUAUAACAUGACAAUGACGACUUACAGCAACAAUAAGAGCGAGACGUCCUGCUGGUACCAUGUAUCAAUAGGAGUGAAAAUGAGGAUUGAAAAUAUUCCCAAAUGACAUGUAUCAAUAAAUUGAUAUGUUUGACAGCACUCAGUUAAGUGUCCAUCUAUCCACCUCAAAAUACACAAUUAAAUGCCUCAAUAUUUGUAUGUUGUGAUCUCAAAAUAAUGAGAACAACACAAUCUUUGCAUCAGAAGGCAGCAGAAGUUCAUUUAAAGAAAACUCCAGCUCAGUUUCAUGAGUGAGUUCAGUUUAAAAUCAUGUUUUUGACACCAAACAUCAGCUUGAGAAGAACUUCAGUGACGCUGUAUAUUAAAGACGGUUCAAGAUACACUAUGCAGGAUUUUCCUAAAAGACAAUGAAAGUAAUUCCUCUCAGUCAUCACUUGAGACCUGUAGAGACUCCACCCUCUGUCUGGAUUUUCUUAUUAUGGGCGUGUACCCCCACAAGGCUCAAGUGGGGUUUUAUAAAAAAGCAGCGACCAGGUGCCAGACCAAUAGCAGCAGGCAUCCAAAGAAAACAGCGCCGGAAAACAAACGCUAAUAUAGCGAGGCUAAACGGCAAAUGAGCAUGAAUCUUGGGUUGGCUUCAACUUUACCUUUCACUACCGAGUGGGUUUUGAAUCACUAACCGUCAAUCCUGCAUCGUAUACCUUUAAUUUUGGUUUGCAUUAACGGUUAAGAAAAGAAAACACUGAUGCAGCUGUAUUAAAGAGAUCAAGUAUUCCGUGUUUGAAUCCACUGGCUGGCCUUGACCCUUCUGUGUGGAGUUUGCUUGUUCUCCCCGAGUCAGUGUGGGUUUUCUCCAGCUUCCUCCCACAGUCCAAAGACAUGCAGGUUAACUGGUGACUCUAGACUGGCCAUGUGAAUGGUUGUCUGUCUCUAUGUGUCAGCCCUGUGAUCGUCUUGUCCAAUAUCAGCUGGGAUAGGCAGUUAUGGCAAAUGAAUAAAAUAAUGAAUAAAUGAUCAAAUUUAAAGCACGUGCCAUCACUAAAUCCCGAGCGGCAGUGGCGGACCCCGCCACAAACAAAGCAACUUCAUAUAUAGGGAGAGAGAAUUACUGAAUGUAAAAACACUGAAUGGUUUCAACAUAAAUUGCUGACUGUAAAUCACAACUGGGGUUUGAAACGAUGACUUGAACCACUAUUUGCUGGAGUAGAGGUUUUUCCUCCUUUACUUUGGUGCCAUCUGGUGGUCGUAUCAGCAGUGACACCUUUAAACAGCAAACAAAAAGACAAACUUAAUCAAAAUAAAAUAUACAAAAUAAAUAUGACCUAAUUAAUUAUCUAACACAAUAAGUAUAUUGAUGCACAGAUAUUUAAUUUAAUGCCAUGUUUACCCUGACUCCUGCCUGUGUGACAUCACCUUAAAUACUUUUUAAAGAAGAGUCAGGCGUUGUUUCCUGUUUGGCUGCUGCUUGAAUGAGCUCAAAACCUGUCGGCCAUCUUUUAUUUUGGUGACUUGUGCAACAUGCUGGUGAAAAUGCAAGAAUCCUGAACGCUCUGCAUGUAAAGGCACUCCAUACAUCUCCUCCUCCUCCUCCUCUAAAAAUGAUGGACUACUUCUCAUCACUUGAUUAUCUCCUCCUCUCCUCCAUUUUCUUCUUUUCUUUUUUUUGGUAACCUUUGACCCCUCCCUCCCUCCUCACCUGCCGUACCAGGUACCCCUGGUAUCAGUCUGGCACUGGUACCCUCCGGCCACGACGGGGACUUUCAACUAAAAACAAACAAAAAAAAAAAGAGUCUUGAGAGGAGCGCCAAAAAUCUUCC